AAUACAUACACGAAUCGCCAAAAUGAGCGCGACAUACAAUCUCGAACCGAAUCCGACUGCGAAAGUUCUCCUUCACACCAAUCGCGGCGACCUCGAGGUCGAGCUUUUCGCAAAGCAGACACCCAUAACUUCGCGCAACUUCCUACAGUUAUGUCUCGAUGGCUAUUAUGACAACACUGUGUUCCACCGCCUGGUGAAAGGCUUCAUCAUUCAAGGAGGAGAUCCAACUGGGACCGGUCAGGGUGGAGAGAGCAGCUACGAUGGCGAAUCGUUCCAAGAUGAGAUGCAUAGUCGGUUGAAGUACACAAGAAGAGGUCUGCUGGGCAUGGCAAAUACAGGCAAGAAAGACGACAAUGGGAGUCAGUUCUUCUUUACCUUGGCGGCAACGCCAGAGCUGCAAGAUAAGAACACCAUGUUUGGCAGGAUCGCAGGAGAUACAAUCUACAACCUGAUGAAGAUGGCCGAGGCAGAGAUCGCGGAGGGUAGUGAAGAUCGGCCGAUGUAUCCUACCAAGAUCACAGGGUCUGAAAUCAUCUUGAAUCCAUUCGAGGAUAUGGUUAAGCGGGAGAGGGUGGCACAACGGACGGAACCAGAGGCAAAGAAGGUCAAAAAGCCAAAGAGGAAGGCUGGGAAGAAUGUUCUGAGCUUUGGUGGAGAAGAUGGGGAGGAUGCAGCGCCUGUGUUGAAGAAAGCGAAGUUCAACACAAAGCUCGUCAGUGCGGGGGAAGAGCAGCCGGCGUCAACGAAAGAUACACCUGCGCCAAAGUUUCCUGAGACGAAAGCCAUACCUAUACGCAAACCCUCCAGGAAGUCGCCGUCAGAGUCGUCGUCCCCAAAGCCGGUAAAAGCGGCACCGAAGUCACCACUUCGAGAAAAGGCACGGUCGCCACCACCACGAGAGCUAUCACCGGCAUCUGAGAAGAAGUCGAAGAUCGAUCGCGUCAAUGCACAGAUUGCUGAGCUGAAAGCAUCAAUGAAGCGCAACACCGGACCUCAGCAUGUGGAACAAACGAAGAAGAAGUCUUUACUAGAGUCCAUGGUUCCUUCUUCGACAACACGAGGGAGGAAGCGUGGCGCUGGCGGCAAUGCUGCGCAGGAGCAGGCUACGCUCGAUAUUCUGUCGAAGUUCAAGUCGAAGCUUGAAGCAUCAGAGCCGGCAGCAGCACCAAAGAGCAAGGAUAUCCCUGCGCCCGGUGAUGUCGAGACGAAGGAUAGCGCUACCAAUAGCAGCAAGAUUGACGAGGAGGACGAAGCAGUCUGCGAUCUGCACUUCAUUGCAGGCUGUCAAUCGUGUAAGGCAUGGGACAAGGAGGAAGAGGAAGAGUCAGACGACGAUGCAGGGUGGAUGUCUCAUUCCCUUAGCUUCGCAAAGGACAGAUUAGGGAAGGAUCUGGAGUGGAAGAGGAAGAACGAGGAGGACCUACUGGUCAUUGACCCAUUGGAGGAAGCCAAGAGACACAAGGCUGAGGCCAAAGGGAAACGAGAGUGGGAUGGUGGGAAGGACAAGAAGAAGAUGAAAACGUGAGUGUAGACUUGGUAGGCCAUGA